AACGGUGUCCUCCCAGGUUAGUUGUCAAGUAUCGCGAUACUUCGUCACAGUGACUUCACGACUCCGAGAUUUUGCCCAUGCAAACAAAAAUGGUGGCUCCCUGACUGUCCAUGUGGCGUCGAAGACAGAAAAACUCCGUCAUAACUUAAGAUUAACUUCUUUAAUAUAAUUUAAACAAACAGUGGACUCGGCGGGGAAGCUGCGAGCAGAUCUGCGAGGAACUAAAAAUGCAACACGACGACGUGAUCUGGGACAUUAUCGGGAACAAACAGUUCUGCUCCUACAAAGUCAAGACGAAGGAUCAGGGCUUCUGUCGUAAUGAAUACAACAUCACGGGGCUGUGUAACCGCUCGUCGUGUCCGCUGGCCAACAGUCAGUACGCCACCAUCAGAGAGGAGAAAGGUCAGUGUUUCCUCUACAUGAAGGUGAUCGAGAGAGCAGCUUUUCCUGCCAAGAUGUGGGAGAAGGUGAAGCUCAGUAAAAACUACGAGAAAGCUCUGGAACAGAUCGAUGAGAAUUUGAUCUACUGGCCUCGAUUCAUCCGACACAAAUGCAAACAGCGUUUCACCAAAAUCACUCAGUACCUGAUCCGCAUGCGCAAACUGGUCCUCAAGAGACAGAGGAAGUUGGUUCCUCUCAGCAGGAAGGUGGAGAGGAGAGAGAAGAGGAAAGAGGAGAAAGCUCUGAUCGCCGCUCAGCUGGAUAACGCCAUCGAGAAGGAGCUGCUGGAGAGACUCAAACAGGGAACGUACGGAGACAUCUACAACUUCCCGGUCCACGCCUUCGACAGAGCUCUGGAGCAACAGGAAGAGGAGAGCGAGUCCGAGUCUGAGGAGGAGGAGGAAGAAGAGGAGGACGAGGACGUCGGGAAGAGAGAGUUUGUAGCGGAGGAAGAAGUGGAGGAGAGCGACCUGAGCGACUUCGAGGACAUGAACAAACUGAAGACGAGCAGCGACGAGGAGGAGGAGGAGGAGUCCAGUGAAGAAGAGGAGGAGGAGGAGGAGGAGGAGAUGGAGGAGGAGACGAAGGCGAAGGCCUCCAAAUCGAAAGGCAAAUCUCCAGCUAACGGCUCGGCGGCGAGGAAGAAGCGAGCGUACGUGGAGAUAGAGUACGAGCAGGAGACAGAGCCCGCCUCCAAGAGCAGAACCACGUAGUGAUGUCACACCCUCUGCCGCCAAUCAAACUGUGAUCCGUCUGUGAGGUCAGCAGCCUCUGCCGAGGACACGCCCCCUCCACGUUAACACACUCAGGAUGUUUCACACUGAGCUCAAGUCUUCCGUUUGUCUUUCUGAAGCCGUGACUCUGGACUCUUCUGUUCGUGUGUUUAGUGACGGAUAAAGUUUUCCGACCUCAGGCGCUUUCACUCUCGCUCGAGUCUCCAGACGAACAUUUCAAGUUUUUGCCGCCGGUUGCUGUAGGCGGCGUUCGGCGGUGGGUGUUGAGUCUGAUCGUCAGACAGCAGGUGGUGCAGAGAUAGUCCCGUAGAUCUGUAGUCCCUCUCUCUCUUCUGGUCUUCAUAGCUAACAAGCUACAUGCUAACAAUAAGCAGCAAUGUUCAAUAACAUUUACAACAUACACUCAGCGUCCAGUUUAUUAGGAACACCGAGCUAAACCUGCUGCAGUCUAAUACAGCGGUCCUGCAACAAAUCCUCCGUCAUGACGGUUAUAAUGUUCAGUUCUUUUAAAUAUUUCUAUCAACGACUGUAAACAACCAGAAGCUGAACAUUACAACCUUCAUGACGGAGGAUUACUUGCAGGACUGUUGUUACACCACAGCAUUUGUAGCUAGCUGUACCUAAUAAACUGGACGUGUUAACACAGUUUAGCCACGGCGUCUUCCUCUAGCUGUGUCUGUCCAGUCAGUUUCAGUUCUCCAGAUUUCUGCCUUUUUUUUGCAGAAAGUAGUUCCACUAAAAACUAAUAACGGAACAGUUUUUUUUUGUUUUUUAUUAAAGCCCAAAACUUUGUUCCUGUUUUCUGAAAGUGACCAGUUUAGAAAUAACUGGUCGCUUUACGCGGACACUUCAGUCUCGGAGAUGAAUGGGAUUCAGUCCGUGCUGCUUCCAGUCCACCUCAGCGGGACGUGUUGGACUUUUAUUAAUCAUCUAAAUCUAUAAAAGGAACUAAACUAAUCAGUUAUGAUGUAAUAUUACAGAUGAAGCUACCAGCAGGAUAUGAAGUUAUUAAAAUGAGCUCCACCUUCAGCAGCUGCAUCAAUAAUUAUAAUCCAAUAUUACUCUGAAUGGGCCCUUAAUCAGUACUUCUGAGUGCUUCUUCCGUGUUUUAAAGCUGCGAGCGCCAUUCACCUCCACUGUUUGGGUGGAGACAGAUUCUGCUGGGGGCGUUUGCCUGGAAGCUCCGGCGACAAGUUUAGGCGAGCUGUGCUUCUCGAAAGGCGUUCGCUGUAAAAUAAUCACCUGUGGAUUUACUUUCGAUCUUAAAAUAUAAACAGAAAAGUCCAGAAUCAUGUUUCAGCCGUUCAGAAAGACGGAUGGUGGAAACACACAGCGAGGAACAGACGUGUGAAUACAAACCUGCCGCCGUCAGCGUCACGUUUGUUCGGAGACUGCAAAGGAAUCAUUUUGUACGUUAGCGGAGACACAAGACGGAUCUGACCUGGAAUCAGAUCUGCUCUCUGAUUAAACAACCCAACGUGACUUUAACUCUUUUUCUGCUUCAACUGCUUUUGUUAUGUCUGUUUUGUUAAAUAUUAAACAGAAGUGAUCUUUGAAAACAGUGUGUGAACGAGCAGUUUACAGUCCAAAGUUGAUUUAUUCUCCGUUAAACCCUGAAAUUGGGAGAUAAAAAUAUCUAAAGUGUCCAAAAUAAAGAGAGUAAAUACA